AUGCACCGCAGAUUGGGGACUAGGGUAGCUGUCGCGCACUUCUCCACAGCAGACCUCCCAGAGCGUGCCAAGACCGUCAUCAUCGGGGGUGGCUGCAUUGGUUGCGGCAUCGCCUACAGUCUCGUCAAGGCGGGGGAGAAGGACGUAGUGGUGCUCGAGAAAGAGCCCGCCCUCGCCAACGUCACCACUGCGCAGGUCCACCCCUUCAAAAGCGGCAUGCGGGCAGCUGGGCUGGUGGGGCAGGUGCGGGACAACCUGGAGCGCGUGAAGCUGGCCAUGUGGUCGGUCCAAACCUUCAGCGACCUGCAACAGGACUCCGACUACAACCCCAACUGGAGGCAAGUGGGCAGCUUGCGUGUGGCCUACACCAAGGAGCGGCAGGAGGAGUUCAACAAAAUGCUGAACGCCGGCCUUCACGUGGAGACGCUCAGCCCCAAGGCCGCCCAGAAGAUGUGGCCCGGCAUGAACUUUGAGAAAGCCACGUCCAUCCUCUGGUGUCCUACGGACGGCUACCUCCAGCCCUGCGAUUUGGCCUUCUCCUACCAGCACCAGAGCAGGAGGAUGAACGGCGCCAAGUUCGUGACCGACGCGUGGGUGGAGGACAUCGAGCUCAGCCCCGAGGGGACUCAUGUCAAGGCGGUAAAGACCAACCGUGGCACCAUCAAGUGCGACACCGUCAUCAACGCCGCCGGAGCCCACGCGUACCACAUCGCCAAGCUUGUGGGGCUGGAGCUGCCGAUCGUGCCGGUGAGGCACGAGUACUUCAUCACUGAGCCCACGGUCCCGCCCACGAUCACGCCCAACCUGCCCGUCAUGAGAAUUCCUGAUGCGACGCUGUACUUGCGGCCUGACGUCAACGGUUUGCUGCUGGGCGGAUGGGAACCUAACGGACUGUCGCUCGAUCCUCGAUCGUACCCCAUCACUCAGAAGCCUCCGGCCAUCGCCGAGGAUUGGCCUGUCCUUUCCACCUUAGGCGAGGAGUUGGCGCCAACCUAUCCCCAGGUCAACGAACUGGGCAUCAGAGCAGUCUUCUCCGGGUGGCCCACCUUCACCCCCGAUGGCCGCUUCAUCAUCGGACCCACAAAGAAGGUGCGAGGCUUCAUCAUGGCGGGCGGCUGCAACGCGCACGGUGUAUCGGGAAGCGCGGGCAUCGGCCACCAUGUCGUGGAGUCCAUGUUCGAGAAGGAUCCUUCGCCCUAUGUGCGCAGCCUUAGCCCCGAUAGGUUUACCGAUGGGUCGUGGGACUGGGACAAGGCGGAAAAACAGGCGCGCCACAUCUACGAGACCUACUACCACAUCCGCAAGACCUGA